UUUGAAAACUCGUGCGUGGGUAUACAAUCCAUCUUGCCGUUGACUUCACGCAGCUCCUAAAGCACAGGGGCUAAUAUGUCGAUGGAGGAUCCUUUUUUCGUGGUUAAAGGGGAGGUACAGAAGGCCCUGUCUAAAGCACAGGGGCUGUUUGAGCGCUGGGAGGAGCUGCUGCAGGAAGAAACACCCGUCAGUCGCGAUGAGCUGGACUGGAGCACCAAUGAACUCCGAAACUGCCUAAGGGCCAUCGACUGGGACCUAGAGGACCUGCAUGAAACCAUCAGUAUUGUGGAGGCAAACCCUGGAAAGUUCCGUUUAGGGGAAUAUGAACUCCAGGAGAGGCAGGACUUUGUGAAGCGAACACGGAAUUCUGUGCAGAUGAUGAAAGAGCAGCUCUCUAGUCCCUUAGCUGUGGCCCAAGCAGAGAAGAAAAACAGACAGGCUCUGCUGGGGGCCACAGAAAAGGAUCGUUACGCCGGUCUGGAGCCUCACCUGGUGUCUGCAAACUCCAGAUACAUUCAGGAGCAACAGGAACAGCAGCAGCUGAUCAUGCAGGACCAGGAUGAGCACUUGGAGCUGGUCACAGGCAGUAUCCGUGUCCUGAAGGACAUGUCCAGCAGGAUAGGAGACGAGCUGGAUGAACAGGCAGUUAUGCUCGGGGAGUUUAGUGAGGAGAUGGACCAGACCGGUUCUAGAAUGGACUCAGUGUUGAAGAAAAUGGAGAAGGUUUCACACAUGACCAGCAGUCGGAGACAGUGGUGUGCUAUUGGAGUUCUUGUAAUCAUACUGAUCGUGGUGCUCAUUUUGUUCUUCACCAUUUAAACCAGACUCUUCUUCGGUUUGGCCCUCCAUCAUGCCAAAAGCUUACAGAAGAAUUUUACCAUGAUGCUUCCACCUCAGCUUCCAUGAUCCUUUGUGAGAAAGAGAUCCCAGUUAUUUUUUAUAGUCCUUUCUCGUCUUUUUGCCUUCAUCUAAUCCAUAUGUCUUCUGGCUCUCAGCAUUUCACUCUCUCCCGCUGCUUUUGGAUUGGAGUUAUUGUCGACUGGAAGGUCUAAUCCAGAAUUUCACUAGUGCUGAGAUGGAAGUUAACAGUUAUUAUAUUUCUUAUGUUUUAUUUGUGGUACAGAGUAUAAGUGGGGGAUGAGGAAUUUGAUAUUGCCUUAUUAUAUUUUUAUAUGUUUGAUUCUUACAGCAGCAUAGUAAUUGUGUACAUUAUAAAUGCCCGUGAAAGAGGUUGACCAUAAAUAUGUUCACCAAUUAUGUAACAAUUUAAAUGUUGUUGUUAUUGGUUGAUUCAGAUUUAAAGCACAAUGAGUAAUGCAGGCUCAUAGCGCCCUCUAGAUCUGUAACGUCAUGAUAGAAACCUCUGAAGUCAUCAAAUAACAAUCAUCAAACAACCUAUGAUGGUGUGCAUUGGAAAUUGUUUGUAAAUUGGAAAUUAUAGCAAGAAAUGUAGGGUUAUUUAAAUGGUUUUAAAGCAAAGUCGCACCUUUAACAUGAGGUUAACAUUUGCAUUUUACAUGUUUGCUUUUCCUUUAUGGAUAAAUUUGACACUUUAUUGCAUUAUUUGAGUGAGCUUAUGUAAAAUUGCUUGCAGAAAAAUCAUCAAAUUUGCCUGCACUUUUCAUGAAUCUUCAUGGAUGUGCUGCUUUUAUGGGUUGGGAUUUCCCAUAUUUUAGACUAUGAUUUGGUUAUUCUUGUAAUAUUUGAGUUUCCCCAUAUUUGAAAAUAUAAUUUUAUGCAUUGUUUUUGAGAUUACUGUACAUUGGACUGUGAAGUUUCAUAUUACUGUGGAGAUGUGUAUAGAAUCAUUUGGACAUUCUUUGUCUCAAUUGAUGGUGUGGGUUAAGCCUUCACUGCAUGCCAAAGUGAUAUUCCAGACCCAUUACUCCAAUGAUAAUAAUAUAUAUAUUUAAAUAUAUUUGUCAUUUUACUAUUUUUCAAAGGAAAAUGCUAUUAACUGCUCUUUUAAUAUCAGCGAGAUGCAUGUACUGAAAGUCAGCUAUAUUAACUGACAACAUCCCCUCAAGAGCUGAUCGGACCCCACUGUUAGGAUCAUCACUUGAUAUUUCUAUUCCUGAACUUGAGCUCAGAUUGUGCCCAUCUGUGGGUGUGCUAAUGAACAUUUUGUACUGCUAUCCUCCGUGCCAAUGAGUUGUUUCCAGUGUGCCCUCUGAUCUGAGACACUACGUGCCUGUGGGUGAAUGUAUUAUGUUCAGUAUAAAUGCUUUCCUCUCUGAAUAUGACAUUUCAGUAUUCUCUUGUUUCUUGUAAUAUGAUUAAGUAAAUAAACCCUUGACUGAAAAUCAGAUCCAACUUCAAACGUAAGAUUUUUUU